ACGGGCAUUUUACUCCACCAGAUUCUUAAAAUUACCUAACCCCCUGAUUUGGACCUUCAGUGUUUUAAGGCGGGAAGAUACUGCCCAUAAAAGUGAAGGUUGCUUGAGUCUCACAGUGAAGGCAAGAGUCAUAGCUUCACUUCGCAGCAAUGGCGACUCUGCAACCAAACCAACCUCCAUCAACAAACUCAUUAGGUACACGGACAACAACCCCAAAACCUCCCAAAACAAGAAGCAAACAGCUCCACAACUCAUCACCCUACAAAAACCCCAUCUCUUCUUCCUUCACUCUCACCCACCUCUACGUUUCUCUCUACCAAUGGAGGCCAGCGCCGGAUUGGUCGCCGGUUCUCACAACCGCAACGAGCUCGUGCUCAUCCGUGGCCAUGAAGAGCCGAAGCAGAUAAGGUCGUUGAAUGGGCAAGUGUGCGAAAUAUGCGGAGAUGAAGUAGGGAUGACUGUCGAAGGAGAUCUGUUCGUAGCAUGCAAUGAGUGUGGGUUCCCAGUUUGCAGACCUUGCUAUGAAUACGAGCGAAGGGAAGGGAGUCAGCUUUGCCCUCAAUGCAAGACUCGAUAUAAGCGACUCAAAGGAAGCCCAAGGGUGGAAGGGGACGACGAUGAAGAAGACAUAGAUGACAUUGAACAUGAGUUCAACAUGGAUGAUGAAGAAAACAAAGAAAAACAGCAACAGCAGCCAAUGCCAAACAAACAGAUUGCAGAGGCCAUGCUCUACGGCAAGAUGAGCUACGGAAGGGGCCCUGAAGAUGGAGAUAGCAGCCCCCCUCACUUCCCUCCCGUCAUAACUAGUAUCUCUCGACCUGUGAGUGGUGAAUUUCCAAUAUCCAAUGGUCAUAACUACGGAGAUUUCUCUUCAUCAACUCUACACAAGCGUGUGCAUCCUUAUCCAUUGUCUGAGCCUGGGAGUGAGAGGUGGGAAGAGAAGAGAGACGGAGGUUGGAAAGAACGGAUGGACGAAUGGAAGACUAAGCAAGGAGUCCUUGGAGGCGAUUCAGAUGAUGUGGAUCCCGACAUGUCCAUGAUGGAUGAAGCAAGACAGCCUCUAUCAAGAAAGGUGGCUAUUGCUUCAAGUAAGCUCAACCCCUAUCGGAUGGUUAUUGUCAUCCGCCUGGUAGUACUCUGCUUCUUUCUUCGCUAUCGAAUCCUCAAUCCAGUGCAUGAUGCUAUUGGGCUCUGGCUCACGUCAAUCAUCUGUGAGAUUUGGUUUGCGGUCUCCUGGAUCCUUGACCAAUUCCCAAAAUGGUUCCCCAUAGACCGUGAGACCUACCUUGACCGUCUGUCUCUCAGAUAUGAGAGGGAAGGAGAGCCUUCAAUGCUAUGUUCCGUGGACAUCUUUGUCAGCACAGUCGAUCCCUUGAAGGAGCCUCCACUUGUCACUGCCAACACAGUGUUGUCAAUUCUCGCAGUAGAUUAUCCAGUGGACAAGGUAUCAUGCUACGUUUCAGACGAUGGUGCUUCCAUGCUCACAUUUGAAUCACUCUCGGAAACGGCUGAAUUUGCUCGAAAGUGGGUCCCUUUCUGCAAGAAGUUCAAUAUUGAGCCCCGCGCUCCUGAGAUGUACUUCUCUCUAAAGGUCGAUUACCUCAAGGACAAAGUUCAGCCAACUUUUGUGAAAGAGCGACGUGCAAUGAAGAGAGAAUAUGAAGAAUUCAAAGUUCGCAUCAAUGCACUAGUAGCAAAAGCUGUGAAAGUACCUACAGAAGGAUGGAUCAUGCAGGAUGGAACUCCAUGGCCAGGUAACAACACCCGAGACCAUCCAGGCAUGAUUCAGGUCUUCUUGGGUCACAAUGGAGGCCAUGAUGCUGACGGAAAUGAACUUCCUCGACUUGUUUAUGUUUCUCGUGAGAAGAGGCCUGGAUUCCAGCAUCACAAAAAGGCUGGUGCAAUGAAUGCUCUGGUCCGCGUCUCUGCUGUACUCACUAACGCUCCUUUCAUGCUCAACUUGGAUUGUGAUCACUAUAUAAAUAACAGCAAGGCCAUAAGAGAAGCAAUGUGCUUCUUGAUGGACCCCCAGAUAGGGAGAAAAGUGUGCUAUGUUCAGUUCCCUCAGAGGUUUGACGGCAUAGAUAGGAAUGAUCGAUAUGCUAAUCGGAACACCGUCUUCUUUGAUAUAAAUAUGAAAGGUCUAGAUGGAAUCCAAGGCCCAGUAUAUGUCGGAACUGGAUGCGUCUUUCGGAGACAGGCCCUUUACGGCUAUAAUCCUCCAAAAGGCCCCAAACGCCCGAAGAUGGUCAGCUGUGAUUGCUGCCCAUGCUUUGGACGGAAAAAGAAGCUCAAGAUGGCCAAAGUUGGUGAGAACCAAGUAGCAGAGGGAGGAUUGGAUGAUGACAAGGAGCUGUUGAUGUCCGAGAUGAACUUCGAGAAGAGGUUUGGUCAGUCUGCAGCUUUUGUGACAUCUACUCUAAUGGAACAAGGGGGAGUUCCUCCAUCAUCAAGCCCUGCAGCUCUCCUAAAAGAGGCCAUUCAUGUCAUCAGCUGUGGCUAUGAGGACAAGACUGAGUGGGGUAAAGAGUUGGGUUGGAUCUAUGGCUCAAUCACAGAGGACAUUCUGACUGGCUUUAAGAUGCAUUGCCGAGGAUGGAGAUCAAUAUACUGCAUGCCUAAGAGGCCUGCAUUCAAAGGAUCGGCUCCUAUCAACCUUUCGGACAGGCUGAACCAGGUGCUGCGAUGGGCUCUUGGAUCUGUUGAAAUCUUCUUCAGUCGUCACAGUCCAGUCUGGUACGGCUAUAAAAAAGGCCACCUCAAGUGGCUCGAGCGUUUUGCCUAUGUCAACACUACAAUCUACCCUUUCACGUCGCUGCCUCUUCUUGCUUACUGUACACUCCCUGCUGUCUGCCUCCUCACUGGCAAAUUCAUUAUGCCCACGAUUAGCACUUUCGCCAGUCUCUUCUUCAUUUCGCUGUUUAUCUCCAUCUUCGCGACAGGAAUCCUUGAGCUACGGUGGAGUGGAGUGAGCAUAGAGGAAUGGUGGAGGAAUGAGCAGUUCUGGGUCAUUGGUGGUGUCUCUGCUCACCUCUUUGCAGUUGUUCAGGGACUUCUCAAGAUCCUUGCUGGCAUAGACACCAACUUUACUGUUACUUCCAAGGCUUCAGAUGAUGAAGAUUUUGGUGAGCUUUAUGCCUUCAAGUGGACGACUCUUCUAAUCCCACCCACUUCAUUAUUGAUUUUAAACAUUAUUGGGGUUGUAGCCGGGAUAUCAGAUGCGAUAAAUAAUGGGUAUCAAUCAUGGGGCCCACUCUUCGGCAAGUUGUUCUUUGCCUUCUGGGUGAUUGUUCAUCUCUACCCGUUCCUUAAGGGACUAAUGGGAAGGCAGAACAGAACUCCAACCAUUGUUGUCAUAUGGUCGGUGUUGCUGGCUUCUAUCUUCUCAUUGUUGUGGGUUAGGAUUGACCCUUUCGUGCUCAAAACCAAAGGACCAGAUGUCAAGCAAUGUGGGAUUAAUUGCUAAGCAAACGGUCAAGGCUUGCACUAUGGUUGCUUGUAUUUUGUUUGUAAAACUGAGGUGGAUGAGGAAGAGUUUUGUUUCCUUAGUGGAUUGGUUUUGACGUUGAGAUUGUUUUGAGAAUUUAAAUGAAAUUAUUUGUUCUAAUGA